GAAGCGUUAACUUUUUGUUGUAGUUUUAGUUUUUUAUUUGCGCAAAUGUGAGAGUGUAUGCGCUGCUCCUACACGUGUUACGGUAGCGCAUAUUUGCACACUGCCCCCCUCCUAGCAAAGUUUCAGGCAAUUAGUUGAGGGAGAAGCAGCUUACGGUCAAGCGGUGCGCCUCGUUUCAAUGCGCGAGUCCGCAGCCAAGCGCUGAUCCCGUGGCGCUUUUUUCAUAACUUUUUUUUUUUUUUUUUUUUUGCAUUUAAAACCAAACCAUGGGCUUCGAGUUGGAGCGGUUCAGCGGCGCCGUGGACCCGGAUCUGAAGUGCAACCUCUGCCACAAAGUGCUGGAGGAGCCGCUGACAACGCCGUGCGGCCACGUCUUCUGCGCGGCGUGCGUGCUGCCUUGGGUGGCGCAGCAGCGCAGCUGUCCGGCGCAGUGCCGGCGGCGCGUGUCCGCCCAGGAGCUGCACCACGUGCCGCCGCUCAAGAGCCUCGUGCUCAAGCUGGACAUCCGCUGCGAGCAUCACGCGCGCGGCUGCCGCCAGGUCGUCAAGCUCCAGCAUCUCGCCGAGCACGUUGAGACGUGCGAGUUCGCCCCGGCGCGCUGCCGCAACGAGGGCUGCAUCCAGGUGCUCAACUUCAAGGACUUGCACUUGCACAUGCGCGACGCCUGCGAGUACCGGCCGGCGGGCGUGUGUGAGCAGGGCUGCGGGCUCGGCAUCACCCAUCGCGAGCGCUUCCUGGACGGCCACUGCUGCGUGCGCGCGCUCAAGGCGCACAACGGCGCGCUGCAAGCCAAACUCGCCAACCUGGAGAAGGAGUGUCGGAAGCAGGCGAUGCGCGCGAGCAAGCGCGAGAAGUCACUGUUCGCGCAGCUCUCCUCCGUGCACAGCGAGCUGCAAUUGACGGCGAUCCGCUACCAAAAGAAAUUCACCGAGUACAGCGCGCGCAUCGACGCGCUCAAGAGCUUUGCGCCUACAGCAAAGGGUGGCGAGAGCAAAAGCGUCUCACUUGUGCUCCACAGAGAAUCUGGAUCUUUGGGCUUUAAUAUUGUUGGAGGCCGACCAUGUGUGGAUAAUGAAGACGGGACUUCAAAUGAAGGUAUCUUUGUAUCAAAGAUUGUGGAACAUGGACCAGUGGAUAAAGAAGGAGGGCUUAAGAUUCAUGACAGAAUAAUGGAGGUAAAUGGCAAAGACCUUUCCAAUGCUACUCAUGAGCAGGCAGUAGAGGCCUUCCGCACAGCCAAAGAGCCCAUCAUGGUGCAUGUGUUGCGCAGGGCACCGAAGCCCAAGUUGGCAGGAUCUGAUUUGGAUGCACAGAUGACGGACAUCAGCACGCAGACAGACAUCACCUUCCAGCACAUUAUGGCCCUCAGCAAGCUGCCUGCCGCGACACUUCCUGUACUUGAUCAGUACAUGCUACCUGAAGGGCACUCUCCCGGGCAUGAGUAUUUCGACCCGAAUGAUUACCUAGAGACCAUGCAGCAGGAUAUGGAAAGAGAAGAACUUGAGUAUGAGGAAGUGGAUUUGUACAGGACAAAUAUCCAGGACAAGCUGGGCUUAACCGUGUGCUACAGGACUGACGAUGAGGACGAAACCGGUAUAUACGUCAGUGAGAUUGAUCCAAACAGCAUUGCUGCAAGAGAUGGCCGAAUUAGGGAAGGAGACAGAAUCAUCCAGAUCAAUGGCAUCGAGGUGCAGAAUCGGGAGGAGGCGGUGGCUCUGCUCACCAGUGAAGAGAACCGGAAUGUAUGUCUGCUGGUGGCUCGACCAGAGAUACAGCUGGACGAUGGAUGGAUGGAAGACGACAGAAAUGAUUUCCUGGACGAUCUGCACAUGGACAUGCUCGAGCAGCAGCAUAAUCAGGCCAUGCAGUUUACUGCCAGCAUGCUCCAACAGAAACCAGUGAAGAGUGGAGGCAUGAUGGACACAGGAACACUGCUGUCACAUCAGCACGAGAAGGACAGUGGCCUGGGACGCACCGAUGAAAGCACCCGCAAUGAUGAGAGCUCAGAGCAAGAGAACAUCUGCGAUGACCAGACCAGUGCCUCUACCACGCUGGGCAGCCACAGACGCCUGGCAUACAGUCAGGACACACUGGGGAGCAGUGACCUUCCUUUCAGCAACGAAUCCUUUAUCUCAGCUGACUACACCGAUGCAGACUUUCUGGGUGACUUUCCAGCUGAUGAGUGCGAGCGCUUCCGAGAGCUGUUGGAGCUCAAAUGCCAGGUGAAGAGUGGUGGUGGCUUGAGCAUAAGUUGGCCCAGCUUCGGAGUAGACGGCGGACAAGGACUCUGUGGUGCAGGAGAUGAUGGCGUGGACAAGGAGCUGGAGCUUCUUAACGCAGAGCUGCGAAACAUCGAACUAGAAUGCCUGAGCAUUGUGCGGGCUCAUCGUACACAGCAGUUACGCGAGCAGCCAUGGAUGUUGCACAACAGUGGCUUUCGCAACUACAAUACGAGCGUAGACGCACGGCGCCAUGAGCUGGCUGAUAUCAGCGAGCUACCUGAGAAGUCGGACAAGGACAGCUCAAGUGCCUACAAUACAGGAGAGAGCUGCCGCAGCACACCACUUACACUCGAGCUCUCACCGGACAACUCAUUACGCAGAGCUAAUGAAGGGCUUGCAGAAGCCAGUGCAGGAGGUACUGGAACAGGCCCCAGCACCAGAGUCUUAAGGCCCUUGCUAUCACCUGUCCAGGAGGCUACUGGCUCAAGCAGGAUCCACACUGCCCCAUCCAAAGAGCCUGAUGCUGGCCACCAUUCCGAGGCCAAAGAUCGCAAGCCAAGUCGCCUCAGCCAUCCGCACUCCCCCUACAAACAUGCCCACAUCCCAGCGCAUGCUCAGCAUUAUCAAAGCUACAUGCAUUUGAUUCAGCAAAAAUCCGCCGUAGAGUACGCACAGAGCCAGGUGAGUCUUGCCAGCAUUUGCCGGGAUCCGGCUUCGGCCGAGCCCAAAGGAGAGUGGAAGGUAAAGAUCCGCAGCGAUGGUACUCGGUACAUCACCAAGAGGCCAGCACGUGACCGCCUGUUGAAGGAGCGUGCCCUGCGUAUCAGAGAGGAACGCAGUGGAGGCAUGACCACAGACGACGACGCCGCCAGCGAGCUGAAGAUGGGUCGCUACUGGAGCAAGGAGGAGCGCAAGCAGCAUGCCGUGCGCGCCAAGGAACAGCGUCAGCGGCGCGAGUUCAUGAAGCAGAGUCGCACAGACUGGCUGAAAGAGCAGAGCGGGAGUGGCGCAGAUGACAAAAAGGAGGUCAACAUCAUCGAACUGAGUCACAAAAAAAUGAUGAAGAAACGCAACAAGAAGAUCUUUGAUAACUGGAUGACCAUCCAGGAACUGCUCACGCACGGUGCACGGUCUCCAGACGGGACCCGGGUGUACAACUCGCUGUUGUCGGUGACCACGGUGUAAACUCUUGGCUCUGGCUGCUGUACAUAGGACACUACCGAUUGGGGUAGAGUAUCCUGCCUCGUUCAAUGUGGCAAUGUUUGUAAAUAAGGAAGCAGUAUCAUUGUUUGAAGGGGUUUCAUGAUCAGUGAGUAAGAGAAGGUACGAUCAGCGUCUUAAAGAAUGGACUAGGAGGAGAGAAACAUGACAAACAGUUUUGCAUAAUACUUAUAACUUUGUGCUUGCUUUCUGAGUAAUUAUAAACAAACAGUUUUUUUUUUUAUUUUGGGCCUUUCUGUAAGAUUUCUGAAAACGGUUAAAAGACCACCUUAACAACUAAAAACAACCAGCAGCAGCAACUUUUUUUUUUUUUUUUUUUUUACCGCAAUUUUUUUUUUAUCAGUAUUUUAUUUACCAUGCAUACAUUUUGCUUAUUUAAAUAAUACAGUGUAUUUAGCCUCAAUGCCAACACAAUACCUUUGGAGGACAUUUUUACAUAUUUACCAGCGUCUCUGUUAAACGUUUUAAAGGUGCUUUUGCAUUAUCAACAAUGAAACAUACAUCAAGGUGCAUACCUCUGGAAGUUCUCUUUUUUGUUGAUAAAUUGUAAAUCAGUUUGCAUUGUAAAGGUACAUUCUAUGUUUUGUUUUGUUUUUUCUUGAUCAGCUUAAAGAAAGACCUAGUCAUUAAUCUGCUGAAAUAAUCAGUUUUUAAGUGCAGUUCUCAAACUCUUUGAGAAAUCUUGAGAUACAGAAAGCAGUAUUGCAAAUAGACCUUUCAAAUUUUUUAAUCGCUUUGUGUUCAUUAUUAUUUUGCAAAAGACAUUUAAUAUGAUUUCUAUUGUAUGUAUAUAGCAUAUCAUAAUGGGUAUAAACAGAUUGGUUUUAAAUUCAGUGUCAGGCCUUGCCCUUUAAAGAAUUCGUUCUUUUUUGUAUCGGUCUUUGUGUAUUAAAUCAAAAUAAUACAACCUAACAAAUCCUUAAUUACCAACAAAAUUUGAUGCGUGUAAAAUGGGAGAAAUAAUAAAUUAUUGUUUUGUAUUUGAAAA